GAAAAAUAAACUAUUUGUAUACAUUCUUAUACAACUCUAAGAGAGUUGAAGUAAGAACUUUCUUAUUUAGUUGUAACAUGAGGAAAUUUGAGAUGAUGUUAUCUGUCACCUCCAGAUUUUUCCAAAGGAUUUCUUCUAGCCUUAAUUAUCCACCUCAUAGGAAUAAACCUUUGCCAUUCCCCACUGAUUUUUUCCUUUUGGCUCCUGAAUUUCUGACACAGCAAGGUUGUACAUAUUUUACACACUCUUAGUUUAGCAGAGUUCUUUUCUCAGUUAUGUUUUUCUGCAAGAGAAACCCUCCAAAACUACAUCAUAUAUUUAUAUAUUAUAUCUUUAGAUUUCAUUUUUCUAAGCAGGGUUUGGUGGAUGUCUCUGGGGAUUUGUGGUGGGCCAAAUUCUGCAUCUUGGAGGUCGUUAGAGUUUGGCCAAUUUAGUCUGGAUCAGGUGGGGACAAUCUGCCUUCAUUAGUUUUUCAUUCUCCUUCUGGGAACAGAGUACUAGCUAGGAGAUAUUCUCACCCUAAAUAGAAAGAGGAAGAAUCCCCAGUAUGGAAGCCAUCUCAAAUCUCUAUGCAAAGUAUAUUAAUUUUCUGUUUAUCAAAGCAAGCUAAAUUAUUGAACUUCAAGUUCAGGGGAAAAGUAGUCAGUCGUCCUGUGAUGGGAGGUUACUGCAAGGUUAUAUAUCAAAGGACCUGGUACCCAUGAAUACUUUUAAAAUUGCUGAAUAUUUUAAUUAAAUAAUAAAUAUUUAAACAUUAAACUUGAAAGAAACUUUACCAAAGACCUAAUAACUAGAGAUGUGUUUGAUAAAUAAAUAUUGUUCAUGGGCUGAAAAUCCUGAGUGGGAAAAUAGGACUGAUUUCAGCUGGACAACUUCCUGGAAACUCAUUUUAUAUUUUGCAAAUUACAAGAAAAUAAUUCAUUCCAUUCAUAAGUGAUGGGCACAUGUGUGUGUUUGUGCGUGUAUUUAUGAGCUUCUGAAUAAUGAAGUCACAAAAAAGUAUUAGCAGCAACCAGAUCUUAUGGAGUACUGGCCUGCCUGUGGUUCUCAAGUAAAUCUUAGAUGCCUUUGAUAAAAGAAGGUUGGAUUCUGUGUAUUUAAACCUGGUGUUUAAAAAAGACUGCAUAGGUGAUUAUCUUAGUUAUGAUCAAGCUCCCUUUAAGAAUUUAGACAUUUACUAUAUGAUCUUUGUAUUGAGUUAUCAAACUUCCCUAACAACUAAAGUCGCUAAAGACAAAUAAUGGAGAGGUUACACAAGGAAAAAUUGCAAACACUGAAAGUUAAUAUGUCCUUGUUUGCAUACUAGCAAAUGAGAAUUCAGGGUUCAUGUCAACUUCAGUAUGAAUAAUUCCAGCCUAUAACAAGAACAGACAGUGAGUGAAUGAGUUAAUUUGAGUUGUUUUGAAAAUAAGAAUGUUUUCCAUAAAGAGAGCAUUGAACUCAUCCAUUAGCAUGCUAUGGUGAUUUCUGGCUUUACCCUGGUCACGACAAUUAAAAGUAAAAAGAAUGUCACAGCAGAUACACAAAUCAGGUGCAUAUAGAAUUAAGGUCACGAUAUUCAAGCCAUCACAAGCUGUGAUGUUCCACCGGCAUUUUAAAAUUUUCUUUCUGUCUGUUCAGACAUGAUAACUUUUCUGUCUAUCACUUUUUCCAUUCUAAGAGUGGUUAUAUUUUUUAUUGGAAAUUUUGCUAAUGGCUUCAUAGCAUUGGUAAAUUCCAUUGAGUGGGUCAAGAGACAAAAGAUCUCAUUUGCUGACCAAAUUCUCACUGCUCUGGCUGUCUUCAGAGUUGGUUUGCUCUGGGUAUUAUUACUACAUUGGUGUGCAACUGAGUUUAAUCUAGCUUUUUAUAGUGUAGAAGUAAGAAGUACUGCUUAUAACGUCUGGGUAGUGACCAACCAUUUCAGCAACUGGCUUGGUACUAGCCUCAGCAUGUUUUAUUUGCUCAAGAUUGCCACUUUCUCCAACCUGAUUUUUCUUCACUUAAAGAGGAGAGUUAUGAAUGUCAUUCUGGUGAUGCUGUUGGGGUCUUUGCUAUUUUUGGCUUGUCAUCUUUUUGUCAUAAACAUGAAUCAGAUUGUACAGACAAAAGAAUAUGAAGGAAACAUGACAUGGAAGGUCAAAUUGAGGAGUGCAAUAUACUUUUCAAAUAUGACUGUAACCAUGCUAGCAAACUUUGUACCCCUCACUCUGACCCUGAUAUCUUUUCUGCUGUUAAUCUGUUCUCUGUGUAAACAUCUGAAGAAGAUGCAGGUCCAUGGCAAAGGAUCUCAAGAUCCCACCACCAAGGUCCACAUAAAAGCUUUGCAAACUGUGACCUCCUUUCUCCUGUUAUGUGCCAUUCACUUUCUGGCCAUAAUGCUAUCAGUUUGGAAUUUUGAGAGGCUGGAAAACAAACCUGUCAUCAUGUUCUGCCAAGCUACUGUAUUCAGCUAUCCUUCCACCCACCCAUUCAUCCUGAUUUGGGGAAACAAGAAACUAAAGCAGAUUUUUCUUUCAACUUUGUGGAAUGUGAGGUACUGGGUGAAAGGACAGAAGCCUUCAUCUCUGUAGAUUAACGAGAGGGGCCUUGUGUGUCUUCUAGCAGAAAACAAACUGGUGGUGUAUGAAACAUUUUCUAUUUCUUACUGGGUUUUCUGUAAUGUAUGUAUAUGAAUAAUUUCCAAAUGUAUACCUAGAAAAGUCUUUUACCUAAUGUUAGUCUAGAAAAGUAUCUAUGUGUGUGUGUGUGUAUUUAUGUGUGUAUGAAUAACUGAAGAACAUUGACAAUAACAUGCUUUUUAUUGUUUUUUCCAGAGAACUGCCAAAUUAUAGAGAGUACGACAAAAAUUCCUCAGAAUUAUGAAGCCAUGUUUAUUUUAUGCAUGUAGUUUUAAUUUCAUUUGAAGAAUUUAUGUCUAUUUAUAAUUAUUAAGAACUGACAGCUUAUCUCGGGAAAAAUAUUGCUCUUUUGAUUGUUAUUUGAACCACACAAAUAUACCACAGUGUUCUUAGAAUUCGUUGUUUUAACCUGUAACUUUUUGGAUAAUAAUGUCAUUCAAUUGUAUCUCAAUAAUGAGGAUGUUUCUUUGGGGUUUUAUUCCAUUAUGAAUUCCUAUUUUAUGUGUAGUAAAAAGCAAACAGAAUUGUUGUUAGAAAACAAUGCACACAAUAAAAUUUGAGUGACAAGCA